AAACUACAGUCAAUUAAAAUAGACUAUUAGAUACUAAAAGACUUUAAAAUGGCUUUCCAUACACCAGAACCAGUCGAUGUUGUUAAAUACGCCCUUUUCGGUGGUAUCGUCAGAGCCGUGCAGUUGAGCAUCUGUGGUAAAGAUGGUAACCCAUUAAGAUAUAAGCCAAUGGGUUAUGUGUAUUCCAUUGGUUUGUGUGUAGCACUUUUCUCUGGAGCUCACCACUUGGUUAAGAGAAACGAAGACUUGUUGGAAAGAAGAUUGGUAGCAUUGCAAGAACAAAGAGCACAAAGAAUCGCCUUAUUCGGUGAACAAAGACCAGAAUUGCCAGAAUUCCAAGGUAUCAAGAGAGGUAAGUUCUUUGAAUUCAUGGACCAAUACUCAAAGAAGAGCCAAUAGAGAAGCCUGGAGUAAAGGUUGGAAAGAGGAGCGUGGCGUGUACCUUCUGGCCAGAUAUUUACCCCUUUUCUUGACUAUCUGGCUGGUUUAUACGGAGAUUAUUUGACGAAUACUGCAUGUCCUAUUAUAUUAUUAUUUAGGUUGGAAGGCGUAGUCCUUAAUAUACAUUAGAAACGAAA